AUGGCAUCAACUCAACAAAUGUCGAAAAAACGUAAAGCAGUACUUGAUGGAAUUUUUAAAGCUGAACUUAAUAACUUUCUUAUGAAGGAACUCGCGGAAGAUGGCUAUUCAGGUGUGGAAGUUCGACGAACACCCGCACGUGCUGAAAUCAUCAUUUUGGCCACCCGUACUCAAAGUGUAUUAGGUGAACGAGGACGUCGAAUUUAUGAAUUGACUUCGGUUGUACAAAAACGAUUUGGAUUUGCAGAUGGGACCGUGGAACUUUAUGCAGAAAAAGUUACAAAUCGUGGUUUAUGUGCUGUAGCGCAGUGUGAAUCAUUACGUUACAAAUUAGUUGGUGGGUUGGCAGUUCGUAGGGCUUGUUAUGGUGUAUUGCGUUUCAUUAUGGAAUCGAAUGCUCAGGGGUGUGAGGUGAUAGUAUCGGGAAAAUUACGUGGCCAACGAGCUAAAUCAAUGAAAUUUGUUGAUGGAUUAAUGAUUCAUUCUGGCCAGCCAGUCAAUGACUAUAUUCAGCAAGCAGUGCGUCAUGUUCAACUUCGACAGGGUGUUUUGGGUAUUAAAGUGAAAAUAAUGCUGCCACAUGAUCCUAAGGGAGCUAUGGGACCACGUUCAGCGUUGCCCGAUCAGAUUCAUAUUCAAGAACCAAAUGAGUCUCCGAACCCUCUCCAUCCAGAAUCUGAACAUAAGCAAGAGGAGAAGAGUUUGUUACAACCAAUGCCAGGCCAAAUGACUCAAAUACCAGCUUACUAA